AUGAUGGGGCAUAAGUGGCUGGACAAGAAGGUGUAUGAGUCGGUAUGGGGGGGAGGUCGUCAUACUAUGCGCUCUCAGGUGCUCAAUCACCGGCGCGACCCUACCGGAUUCGUCGUGGAGCCUUACGCCGAUAGUGAUGUGGUCAACAAAGACACACCAAUGGUUCGAUCUGGGGGCACGGCAGCUGCCAUAUGGGGACAUCCUGUACCAACCGUCUGGCACUAG